CAGGCGCGUAGGUAGGUGUGCCCGCAGCGCCCGGUGCUGUCCGGGACGAGAAAUGUGACAGCCCGUGCAAAAUACGGUCCCGCUGCGGUUUGUGUCUCCCUUCUGCGACUCGCUGGGUACUUAAAUUCCCUUUGGCACGUUAACAGGGCUGUCCAGGCACUUUGCACUUUGUUUCGUAAGUGAAUAAGUGCUUUUCUUUCUCUGUGUAUUGAGUUGCUAUUGAAUUGCUUCCCAUAUUUUUAUUUCAUACAAACUGAACAAUUGUGGCCCCUCUAUUUUAUUUAUAAAGGUUCAGUGUAUCUUUGCCUGCCUACAUCAAUCUGCAAGGGAGUUGCAGAAAAGCCUCAUGUUCAUCGAGCCGGGAUGAAACCAGACAAAGGGUGAAGUUUACAGACGACCGUGUGUGCAAGAGCCACCUGCUGGAUUGCUGUCCCCACGAUAUCCUGGCUGGAACAAGAAUGGACCUGGGAGAAUGUACAAAGAUCCAUGACUUGGCUCUGAGAGCAGAUUAUGAGAUUGCAAGUAAAGAGAGAGACCUGUUUUUUGAGCUGGAUGCCAUGGAUCACCUGGAAUCCUUCAUUGCAGAGUGUGACAGGAGAACAGAACUGGCCAAGAAACGCCUGGCUGAGACACAGGAGGAGAUCAGUGCUGAAGUGUCUGCAAAGGCAGAGAAAGUCCAUGAGCUGAAUGAAGAUAUUGGAAAACUCCUAGCUAAAGCAGAGCAGCUGGGAGCUGAAGGAAAUGUUGAUGAGUCUCAGAAGAUCCUGAUGGAAGUGGAGAAAGUCCGGGCGAAAAAGAAAGAGGCAGAGGAAGAAUACCGAAAUUCAAUGCCUGCAUCCAGUUUCCAGCAGCAGAAGCUGCGUGUGUGUGAAGUCUGUUCAGCAUAUCUGGGUCUCCAUGACAACGACCGGCGUCUUGCUGACCACUUUGGAGGCAAAUUACACUUGGGUUUCAUUCAGAUUCGUGAGAAACUGGAUCAGCUGAGGAAAACAGUGGCAGAAAAGCAAGAGAAGAGAAACCAGGAUCGUUUGAGACGGAGAGAGGAGAGAGAACGAGAGGAGAGGAUGGGCAGACGAUCCGGAUCAAGAAACAGAGAUCGUCGAAGAUCCCGGUCCCGCGAGCGGAGGCGGAGACGCUCCAGAUCAGCCUCCCGGGAGCGGCGGAAGUCGCGCUCGCGCUCCCGGGACCGACACCGGCGCCACCGGAGCCGCUCCCGCAGCCACAGCAGAGGGCACCGCCGGGGCUCCAGAGACAGGAGCUCAAAACACAAAUCUUCUAGAGAUCGAUCUUCAAGAGAAAAGUCCCGAGACAGAGAGAGGAAAGAGAAGAGCUCUUCUGAGAGGAGGCACGAGAGCACAAAUGGCAAAUCUCGUUCCAAGAGGUCAGAAGAGAGAGAAGCUGGCGAGAUUUGAACUCAAACGAUCUGUGUUGCACUGUAAAUAGUCUGAUAAACAUUCUACACAAAGCCUAAAUUUCCCAUUUAUAUUUACUGAAUACAACUCAUCUUUUGUAGUUUGGGAUUUUUAUUGUUUGGCAGAUAGCUGUGAGUUUGUAGAGACACAAGAGUUACGUACUGUUUAACAGGAUUUUGUUUUAGUAGGAAUAAAUAAAUCUGGAUGGAUGGUUUUCAGUCCA